AUGAGCUCAUCUGGAUCUCCAAAGAAGAAGAAGAUGGCGGCGAGGAAGAAGCGGGCUACACCAUCCCACCCGAAAACCAUUGACAUGGUAGUAGCAGCGAUAACGGCACAAAAAGAGAGAAAGGGUAGUUCUGCUCAGUCUAUUCGCAACUACAUCAGGAGCAACUUCAGUGUACCUGCGUCUCACCUGAAUUCUAUGGUUCGUCGUGCACUCAAGUCUGGUUUGGAGUCUGGUGUACUUGUUCGUCCUAAAGGAGACGAUCAUGUUGGUGUGACCGGUCGAUUCCGUGUCGGUAAACCCGCUGCUAAGCCAAGAGCAAGGAAGGCCGCAAAGAAGAAGACUCCUAAGAAGAAGCCACGGGCAAGGAAGCCAAAGGCAAAGAAAGCGAAGUCCCCAAAGAAGAAGGCUAAGAAGGCAAAAUCUCCCAAGAAGUCUGCUAAGCCAAAGAAACCAAGGGCAAAGAAACCAGCAGCUAAAAAGCCGAAAGCAAAGAAGAGGUCGCCUAAGAAGAAAUCCAGGAAGUAG